GCAGGAGGGUGAACACACACACACACACACUGAAACUCACAGACAGCUGUGGAGAGAGUAUGCCGGAGUUUCUGAGGGUCUGUGGAGCUGCAGAUUCAGAUUCUUCAUCUCUGCUUGCGCACCACCAUCAGUCUCCUUGCAGGAAACGUGCAGCAUGUCUCCGAAAUGAAGCAUCAGCUGACAGUGUGUUUUUGUCAGGCUGAGGAUGGAGGGCGUUCUGGACGCUGCGCUGUGUGUGUGUGUGUUCAGACUGACGAUCAGUUUACUGUUGUGUCCAUCUAUACUCACACACAGCAUCACUGCGGUCAGUCUGUGCUGCUGCUGCCUGGUUCUCUUCACAGACCUCGUCGUCACCUUGUUCCUGCUCUACAUGUGGCUGAUGGAGUUCUGGACGAUCCCCUUUUCAGUGUCCUCAGACAUCAUCGGCCUGCGCUUCCUGCUGUUUCUGUGUCAGGCUUAUGCAGUGGUGCUGCUCUUAACACCUCCUCUGAUGGCUGUGGAGAUGCUGAUACACAUGCUGCAGCCUCAAUCCCACCACAAGCAAUGCCUUUCUAGGAUAAUCGGCUUCUUGGGAUGCUUUCUAGCAUGGAUGGUGAGUGCGCUUUACUGCAGCCAUGACUGGACACUGGAACGGAUGUCUGUGGAAGAUUGUUUGAAGAAAGACGGCUGGCUUGUUUUGUGCCUUCCCCAUUCUGAUGACUUAUACGGCGCUCUUCUUGCACUGGUGGUCCUGUUCAGUUUGACAGGGGGUUUAAUCAAGAUGAAGGCGUCCCGUAGACAACCUGAAGAUGACAUCAAGCAAAUGCAGACGUCACUAACUAUGGUGGAGUGUGACAAAGCCGGCGGCAGCUGUGGUGUUCACAGGGUUGGGUUUGUGUACAGUGAGCUGCAAUGGUUGAGUCCUCAGAAUGAUAUGCUGAGUGCUGAACAAACCGGUUUGACAGACGGUUACAUCCAGAAACAAAGGCAAUCAGCCAGCCAUAGAGCGAUUGCACAGUCUAAAAGUGAUCUUCUGCUGGAGGUCUCGUCACUGCUGUGUAAAACAGAUCAGCGGAUCUCAAACUUCACACACUGCUGGCUUCAUGAAAGGGAAAGUCCCUGCUUGGGGCCAGAAGUGUUCACAGGGUUGGUAUGCGUGGCUCUGGUUUGCUGUUUUCCCACAGUCGUCAGCAGUAAUGUUCUUCUAAUCUUUAACCUGGAGAAGCUGGUGGUGUACAGUUUGAAACUCUUAUCACUUUCAGUCAACAGGGUCCCGCUUCUGUAAAUGAUGCUGGACAAAAAAAAAAACUCUGAAUGACCUCUGACACUGAUUCUGUUUUGGAAUGGAUGGUUCUGUAAACACUCUUUUCUCUUACAAAUGCCUUAUUUAGAUUAUUAAAACCCGGUUUAUAUACACAAAAAUGGUUUAAAGAUUGAACGUUUCUUUUAAAGGUUCAAGAAACCCUCAAGUACUUUUGAAAAAAAUGUAAACAGAUUUGUGUUGAGCAUCAGUUAAGACAACGUCAGCACCUGUCAGCUUUAAUCGUGGGGAAAACUGGAUCCUUUUGAGCUUUUGUCAGCUGAUUUCAUCUUCUGUGUUUAAAAUGAUUUUAGGGGCGCGAUCAAAAUCAGUGACAUAGCACGAGUCUGCUAGUGUAGUGAUGAUGCGUCGAUUUCUCGUUAUUAUUCAUAGCAGAGUUUUCUUAUCCUAUGAGAAGAGCCUGCCUCUUAAUUAUUCAUGAGAGCACGUGCUUUCCGAAAGAAAGGCAGACCUGUCAAGCUGUGGGACCCAACGAGGUCGUAUGUGUUUGUUUCCAUGAUCCACGUAUGGGGUUUGUUGCACGUUUUUCCCUGCGAUGCUGUCAGGGCCGAUACAGCAAAGCUGUUAGUUUGCAGCAAGCAUUUUUGUUGAGAGAGCUGUACGAGAAUUGGAGAAUGGUGGACUUUGUCUUUUAUCAGUUGAGUUUGUUAACAUUCAGACACAUCGCCUAUCUGUGCUGCUGUGUUCACCUAUAUUUAAAAAUCACCAGAUUGCCGGCAGGGCUAAUGGUUGAAACAGAUAGGGAGAGAGCUGCAGCUCUGCUUCACUGUGUUUGCAUUCAGACCCAGGAUUCAGGAGGAGAAGUCCCCCUCAUUUAUAGUGUUUGUAUAAACAUGAUUAUCUUUAUAUUGAUAUAACCAGUGUUGUGAACUAUUUUCAAUGAAAAGGCGCUAAAUUUGCCGGAAAAGUCGCUAAAUGUCAAUAGAUUACAUCAUACGUCAAUUUGCAUAAUACUGACGUAAUCACGUCAUGUCGUUUCUGUUUGUUUAACAGCCUGUGAUUAAUAAAAGGGUAUUUAUAGUAGCACUAUGCUUUAUAUAUGCAUGUCUAUUUAAUUAAAUGUAUUGCUGUUUGAAUACAGUAUAUCACUAUAGAUGUGUAGUGAAUUAGCAGUAAUCUGUCAGAUGUUCCGAAACGGUCACUAAAAUAUCUGUGAUUGUGAACAAGGUCCAUUUAAAUAGUUAAAAUAGAGAAGCAGAGGCGUGAUCUGCUCUCAGGCUGCAGGUGGGAGAGACUGCUGUAUGAGGACUGGGCCGCCUGUCAGUGCUCUGAGGCGGGGGAGAGGCCGGCAGCAUGAUCCGCAGCUUGCUGAGAAGAGUAGGGAACAGUUCAGUACGUGCACAUGAGAGUCUAUACAAAGUCUCUAGUAACACACAAAAGUCAUUAGAUUUGUUGCUAGUUGCUUUUUUGAUAAUUUGUCGCUAAGAGGGUCUGUAGAGUCGCUAAAUAUAGCGACAAAGUCACUAAGUUGUCAACAUUGGAUAUAAUAAAUUGUGGUUGUGUAUAUGAAGUUACGAAUAACAAAUGUAGCAGGACUUUAAAUUACUUACGGUUUAUUUCUUUGCAUUUUAACUUUGUAAACUAUAAACUCAUGCGUCUCCUCACGGUUCGUGUCUCAUUUUGUGAGCCGACUGACAACAGUUGUUCUCCCGCCCUUUUUCCCCUGCUCUGCCGGCCACGCCCACUCCUCCCUGUGCUCGCAGAGCUCCAC